UUCUUUUCUCCCAUCCCGACGGUAAAUUCUCCUCGUCUGCCAUGUUAUCUGCUGCAACGUUAUCAAGUUAGAAUUCAACGUUCAAACGAUGCGACACGGCUACGGCUCAGCAGAGGACAAUAACACGCGACAUCGAUUCUACGGUGAUGAGCACCGAGAGCUUUCCAGAAGGUUUCAACUAGUGAAGAAAAUCCAUCAAUCUUGGGCUACAUUUAACUACACGAUGAUUGAGGUGAUUUGCAACGAUCGUCUUGGGAAGAAAGUCCGGGUCAAGUGCAACUCAGAGGACACAAUUGGAGACCUGAAGAAACUAAUUGCAGCACAGACGGGAACAAGAUAUGACAAAAUUGUACUAAAGAAAUGGUACACCAUCUUCAAGGAUCACGUGUCUCUCGGUGACUAUGAAAUCCACGAUGGCAUGAAUCUGGAGUUGUACUACCAGUAGCAGAGAGCGGAGGACCGGGGCCAGAUGAUGGCAGGAUCACAUGUGGAGAUUGCAUCCAUACACCAGUGUGUAGCUGGAAACCACCAAGAUUUGACAUUACAGCUGGGAAAAUGGCUCCAUCUAGCUCAAGUUUAAUUUUUUGAUCACCAUCUAUUAUGUAAAACUUGUUACUUUGCCUUUUUUUUUUUUGUCUAAAUAUUUUUGAAAUAAAUCUGAGAGGAACAAAAAAGUGA